UCAUCAGUACUUCAGCUUGUGUUUUCAGGAAUCUUGUAUUAUAUCCAGAAAAGGUCUUACAGAAAUGAUCAUUCGACCGAGGACUGCUUUUGUGACCUGUCUGCUGCUGUUUAUCCUGAUGGAAAAUGCCAGCCCCAUUCCUGUUAUGGAAAAAGAAAAUUAUGAAGGGAUCUUAAAGAAGCUGGAAGCCAAGGAGAAGAAAUCGGUGGAAUUCGACUUGGAGGACCAGUGCAAACUGCUCCAGUUGAUCAAAAACCUCGAAGCUCGACUGACAGAGAUUGAAGAGGAGAUUGCAGAGUGGAAAAAACCUCAAACAACAGCUCAGCCAACAACAGCUGAAGCAACAACUCUUGCAGCAACAACUCUUGCUCCAACAACAACAACCAUUGCUCCAACGACAACUGUUGCUCCAACAACUGAAGGUCCCUGCACAGCAAUAGGAGUAUCAGCAGAUAUAUACAGCAUACCAGAUAGUCAAAUGACCACGACCUCACAUUACCUCUCAUAUUAUUCAUAUAAUGGCCGACUAAAUGGAUCAUCGGGGUGGUGUGCGGGGAGCAGAGAUAACCCAGAUGAUUACCUCCAAAUCGAUAUGGGAGCCGAGUAUUCAGUCUGUGCUGUGGCAACACAAGGAAAGUCGUCAGGAUCAUAUCUGACAAGCUAUCAACUGUCCUUUUCUACUGAUGGUCAAACCUGGAGCACGUACCAGGAGGAUGGACAGAACAAGGAUUUUGAGGCAAAUGAAGAUUUAAACAGCAUUGUGCAUCAUUCACUGAUUACUUACGAAGAAGCGAGAUAUGUGCGAUUCCACCCUACCAGUUAUUCCACAUGGCCUUGUGUGAGGGUUGAAAUAUAUGUGAUCUCAUAAAAAGGCUGCUUCAAGGGGCAUUUUAAGGAUGCAACAUAUAUCAUUAACGAAAUCGAGGUUUCCUACAUCCUUUUACGUUUGCAUUAAGUUUGAUUAAGUUCUCUUAAGAACAAUAGAAUACAUUUGUUGUAGCAAAAAAGUGAACAGUUUGAUUUCUUGGUCUAGAUUGGGGUGAAACGGAUUUGCAUUAGGCAUCUCCGUGUUUUCAACGUGAAUUUUAUUCUUAUUGCUAAUGGCUGGUUCAAGUGGUUUAUGGAAAAUUCUCAUCAUUGAUAUAUGGUGAUUGUCUUGUUUUGAUGUGGUAAUUAAG